AAGUCCAACCCACCGAAUCCACGGGAAACAGCGUUGAUAUGUCGAGCUCAGGCCAGUCCGAUUCCAGAGCCGAGCCGACGAGUAACGAUUCGAGCUCUCACAACAAUGAAGACAACAAUGUGUCUGGAGAGGCUGAGGCCGAUUUUGAGCCUCUUCACCACGCUCCCUUUUUAACCGUCGAGGAAGUGUUCAGUGCCGACCUCCCUGUCCAGAACAUUGCGGCCACUAUCUCCUACGUCGAGGCGUCACAGCUCAACGAAAUGACCAUCCAACACAAAGUGUUGUUCAUAAUCGUCAAGAUGUUCGAGAAAUGGCGCUUGCCGUGGUCCAAGAAGAAUUUCCGCCAUAUUCAAACAAGCGCCGGGUUUCUCAAAAUCGUCGCCUGGGCCAUGGACAACUCCCCAUCCGAAAUCGCCGACACGGGUGAAGACUGGACUCGGAUCGACCAGGACUUGUUAUCGCCGCCCACAGGCCGCACCGACGAGUUCAUAGUUGAAAGACUGCGGAAGGUCUAUGAACAGUUCGAUAACUUUGACGAGCUUUUUGCGCAGGCUCUAGCCGAUCUGAAGGACACAGACGACGAGGCUGAUCUCCCUGGCAAAGAGAGUCCGGACGGCGAACCUACAGACUGCGAUCCGAGCUUGCCAGAGUGCGACCACACUGCCGAAACCGAAUCAACCAAGGAGGGUCAGAAGUUAGCGCGAGCCCAAGAAGUGGAUAGGAAGGAGAAGGAGGAUAGUGCGAUGGAAGACGAGGAGCAGAGAGAUGAAAAAGAGACGAUACGAGAGAAACAAAGGAAAGAGGAGAGGAGGGUAGGAGAGGAUAUGGGAAGGGAAAAGGCGAGAGAAAAGAAAAAUGGAGACAAGAAGGUGAAAGACGAGAAGGUCAGGAUGGAGAAGAAAGGAACGGCCGAAGCAAAGAGAAGUGAUGAAGAGGAGAGAAAGAAGCGAGACAAAGAACAGAAAGAUGCUGCAAGGGCGGAGAGAAGCAAGAGAAGGGAAGAACGGAAAAAGGAGGAGGAGGAGAAAGAAGAGCAAGAACGAGGAGAGGCGCGACUAGAGGGACAAGAAGUGGACGGGGACGGCGCCGAAGGUCCGCCGACCGACGAAGAAGACAAGACGGAACGGGAUAGCGCUUACAGCCAGGAGGAAGAAAGGGAGGAUACAUCGGGCACCGCUGCCACAUCCGCCUCACCAGCCGCCACUUUCAUGUCCUCCGCGCCAUCGCCCGCAACGAACGCCACAUCCAUCACUUCUCUAUCUCCUCUUGAAGGCUCCCUAAAAAUCGUCCCCCCUGCACCGAGCGACCCGCGCCGCGCACUCAGCACAAUGCAAACCCAGGUUAACCAAUCUUCCUCUCGCAAUCCACAACGCCAGCCUCCCAAGACCACCCAGAAAGGGAAGAAGAGAGCCGGAGACCAUCAGAGCGACAAGGAACAGGUGCGAAAGCAUCCUCGUACCUGAAGGACCACGACGAACCUGAGGAGGUUGAGAGUAGACGAUGAAGUAGUUUGGACAAAGGCGAUAGCCUGCCGAAGGUGCGGAGGGGUCACAGUCAUCGAACGGUGA